GACAACACUGCUUCUGCUUUCAUGAGCUCUAAACCGAAAGAUCUGCCGUCUGUGAAUGGCACAAGACUAAUCCACGGGGAUGCUUCUUCAGACAAACAUGAAGUCGCUCCUUCAAUCUCUGUAACCUCAACGCACAAAACGCCUACGGAUAUUAGUACCAUUGCCAAAACGCUUGACCACCCAUGGGACCCGGUUCGUCAUUUUUAUUCGCGGUUUACUCAAGACAAUAGCACAAGAGCGGAGAAGAUCCUGUCUGAAAUCAAUGGAGGUUAUGCUAUAACGUAUGCGUCUGGACUGGCGGCUGGCUUUGCGGCUCUGGUCCAUUACAAGCCUACUUGUAUUGCUAUCACCGGCGGCUAUCAGGGUUGUCAUCAAACAAUCGCAACUUAUAGAAGGAUUAAGGAGGUAAAGAUUAUCGGCAUUGACGAUGAAUAUGAAGAAGGUACACUUUGUUGGCUUGAGACUCCUUUAAAUCCGACAGGGGAAGCAAGGAACAUACAGUAUUACGCAGAUAAGGUCCAUGCAGCGAAGGGAUACCUUUUUAUCGAUUCGACUCUUGGUCCUCCUCCUUUACAGUACCCAUUCAAAUGGGGUGCAGAUUGCAUUAUGCACAGCGGGACGAAAUAUUUCGGAGGCCACUCCGAUUUGCUGUGUGGUAUACUACUCGUGAAGAAUCUUGAUCAAUGGAAGGAAUUGUGGACGGAUCGUACGUAUAUGGGGAACGUGAUGGGUUCUCUUGAAGCAUGGCUCCUCUUGCGCUCUCUGCGUACUUUCCAUCUUCGAAUUCCAAGGCAAUCACAGACGGCGACAGCUCUUGCUCAAUGGCUUGACCGGGUCUCGCAGACUCCCACUGGACAAGAGUGGGAUGGCGUCCCGGGUGGUAUAAUCCACAAGGUGUUUCAGACCAGUUUGCAAGCGAAAACAGCGUCCUGGGAUAUUGCGAAGCAGAUGGAAGGAGGAUGGAGCGCGACGUUCGCCUUCUUGCUUGAGAAGAAGGAAUAUGCGGCUGUGCUACCACACCUUGUCAAGUAUUUGGUGGCUGCUACGAGUCUCGGAGGUGUUGAAAGCCUCAUCGAUCACCGCGUCAAUCCCGAUCCGUCGGCCGACCCGCGUCUGAUUCGCGUCAGUAUUGGUGUCGAAGAACUAGAGGACCUGAAGGCUGAUUUCAGACAAGCAUUGAAAAGAGCGGUACAGGAAAAGGCAAAGCUGUGAAUUGCACAUUGCUAGCCUAAGAUAGGGCUUUUUCUGAAAGCAAGACGACCUACAAUGGAAUAUAAGAUGCACAUAUCGACUCUCGUAAAGAGCUUUUGAAUCCCGCUAUCGUCUACUUUUGUCUCUGUAAAACUCCAAGAACAAUGUCUUUUCUUCCCACCCCAUUCCCGUUCGUUUCACUCUACCUAUAUCAGACAUCAGAGCGGAACAUGCCUCUAUAAAUGCAUCCUCUUCUUUGACCGG